AUGCAAGGGCCCCCACGGCUUAUGGUGUUGCUAAGAGUGCUUUUGAGAGGCGUUCAUGAGAACCCCCAAACUCCACGAUGGCGUUCCCAUCCUCCCUUCACCCACCCUUGUGCUGGGAAUGUUGCCCUCUUUGACCCACGCAGUUUGUAUCUAUCGGUAUAUUGUAUCUUCCAGUUCUCCAGUUACCUUUUUGUGCUCGCAUGCCUUGUCUAUCACGCUCUUAUUGCCUCUCAGAGACAGGAAAGUAUUGGCAAGGACGAAGGCCAAUCCUCCUUCCAUCGUGCACUGGACGCUCUUGUUUUGGCUCAACUUGCUUCCUGCUUUGAUGUUGGCCAUGCUCUUCUUGGCUGGGUUCGAUCCAAUUCGUUGAUGGCAUUCUUUCAG